AAAAAUCCCAAUACGUGUAAAUUAAUUGGUUUACGUAAAAGUUAUAGCGUUUACAAAUGGCGGUAUAGAUACUGGAUUUUUUUUCAUUUUUUUAUACUAAUAAUGGCGGCGAUCAGCGACUUAUGGCGGGACUGCGGCGGACAUUCUGACACUGGGGGGCAACUGACUUGGGGUCACUGACAUCUCCAGUGACACUAAUACAGUGAUCAGUGCUAAUAAAAAGCACUGACACUGUACUAAUAACACUGGGCAGGAAGGGGUUAACAUCUGGGG